AUGGAGUGUUGGGUCUUUGAUGAAGUUGCUUCCGCUGCGGUCAUCAAGCUCAAGAAUGGGUGCAUUCGACUCUACGAUCGAAGAGAUUUGUUACAAUUUCGAAAAUGGGAUAUUCAUCACCUAAGCAACUUUCAGAUUUUGAUUGCAGAGGAUACUUUGGAAGAUGCUGCGAAGGUGUAUAUAACUAUGGUUGCUGAGAUUCUUAGCAAAUGGAUGUGGAAUGGGGCAAUGGGGCAAGCGGACGUCAUGGUAGUUACUAAAGGGUUUAUCACCUUGAGAUUGAAAUUAAAUAGGUCCAUAAUGUGGGAGAAAUCAAGAAAUAAUUCCAUUCCGGAGAAAUCACCUUCUGUUGGGGAUCCAACUGAAAACCGUAAAAGAAAACAUGAUUCAACUGAACCAUUAAACCAAACCCAAGUAAAAAAACGACCAAAGCGUGACGCGAGACUUCCCUCUUCAUUGCAUGAUUUUUACGUAGAAUUAACCGGUACUAAACGCAAACCCCGUAAAAUUAGAAAAACUGGAGUUUGCAUGAUGAAUGCAAGUGGUAAUAAUAACUUCUAUGAAGAUAUAUGCGACAUAUGUGGUGGUGAUUAUGGUGAACUAGUUGGUUGCGAUGAUUGCGCUGCAACAUUCCAUUUGAGUUGCCUUCAAAUCGAAGAGUUACCUUCCGAACCAUGGUACUGUAUGUACUGUUGUUGCAAAUUUUGUGGAGAGGUCUCUCUUGGUGCACACAUUUGCUGGAUUCGUGAUUGGUUAUUCUCAUGUUGCUUGUGUGACGACAAAUUCCAUAAAACGUGCGGAGAAGUGAAUUUUGCAAAAAUAGAGUCUGAUGAUCUAGCUUUAUGUGGAAAGACAUGUCAUGAGAUGUAUGAGGCUCUUCAGGCCAUACUUGGGGUUAAAAUUGAAGUUGGUGAAGGAUUUUCUAUCACAAUUCUUAAGCAUUUUGAUGUGAGCGAGGAUCUUGAAACUGAUGAUGCCAAAAAGAUCAAAUAUUGCAAUAGCAAAUUGGCUGUUGCACUUUCGGUUAUGAAGGAAUGUUUCCUUCCUAUCGUUGAACCCAGAACCAGAGUUGAUAUGAUCCAAAAUUUAGUAUACAAUUGCGGGUCAAACUUCAAACCACUGAAUCAUGGUGGUUUCUUCACUGCAAUCCUGGAGAAGGAUGAUGAAGUGAUAUCCGUAGCAUCGAUAAGGGUUCAUGGGAAGAAGCUUGCAGAAAUGCCUUUUAUCGGCACACGUAAAAUCUAUAGGUGGCAAGGAAUGUGUCGCCGCCUACUACAUUCGGUUGAAUCCGUUCUCUCUUUUCUUGGUGUCGAGGAGCUGGUCAUUCCUGCCAUUCCUAAUCUUUUAGGAACAUGGACAACAGUCUUCGGAUUCAAGCCGCUUGAAGAAUCAACAAGGCAGAACAUGAAAUCCAUGAGUAUCGUAGUCUUUCCAGGAACUUAUAUGCUUCAGAAACAUAUUCCCCAAAACCAGUCCACCAAUUAA